UACUGCGUCCAGUGCAGUCCAGUGUGAAUUAGGCAUUAGAGUCGUAGGCUACGGUCCACUUGAUGCUGCGAAUUCUUCGAAGCAUUUUUUGAUUGAUCAACUGUCAAUCUUACAAUAGCCAUAAUAGUUUGACUAUUACAGUAGCAUAAUUAUUCGGCAUUUAGCCGAGAUUAAUUACCCUAAAAGUUAUACAAACCUCAAGAUGCAAUUAGAAAGGGGACUGGCAUCAAAGUAUGCAUACGUUACAUGUGUGAUUAUAGCCUAUUGGAUAGUAUCAAUUUUUACUGUAUUCAUGAAUAAAGCACUCCUAUCCAGUGAUGCUGUGAAUCUGAAUGCUCCUUUAUUUGUAACUUGGUUUCAGUGUAUAGUGAGUGUAGCUAUCUUUUUUAUUUUACGCAUAUUAUCCCAAUGGUUUCCAGGCUGCAUUGAAAUUACAGAUGGUAGUCCGUUUAAAAAGGAUACUUUGAAAAAGGUAUUGCCGUUAUCAAUUUGGUUUGCUGCAAUGAUAGCAACUAAUAACUUAUGCUUAAAAUAUGUUGGUGUUGCAUUUUACUACGUGGGUCGUUCGCUAACGACGGUAUUUAAUGUCGUAUUUACUUAUACUUUACUCGGACAAACAACAUCUUCCAAAUGCAUAGCAUGCUGCACAAUAAUUAUUUUUGGGUUCUGGUUAGGGGUAGAUCAAGAGCAUGUAGCAGGUUCUCUAUCUAUUCUCGGGACAUUUUUCGGCGUGCUUGGAUCGUUGUCGUUAUCCUUGUAUUCUAUCCGUACGAAACAGACGCUCCCGAUCGUAAAUGAAGAUAUCUGGCUACUUUCAUAUUAUAAUAAUUUGUAUAGUAUUAUUAUCUUCAUCCCGUUAAUGAUAAUUAGCGGGGAACAUAUCACUGUAUAUAAUUACGAGAAGCUUGGAUAUCCUUUUUUCUGGAUUGGUAUGACAAUCGGUGGUAUAUUCGGCUUUGCCAUUGGAUAUUUCACUGCCCUUCAGAUAAAAGUCACGUCUCCUUUAACACAUAAUGUAAGCGGUACCGCAAAAGCAUGCGCUCAAACGAUUUUAGCGACUUAUUGGUUUAAUGAAAAGAAACCGUUUCUCUGGUGGAUAAGUAAUAUCGUUGUCCUUAGUGCCAGUGCGUUUUAUGCGAAGAUUAGGCAACUAGAAUCGAAUACAGAGUACAGCAGAAUCGAGACACGGCAAUUUAAAGUGUAACAACGGUAAUUAGAUAUAACAAUUUUAUUCAAAUUUUUAUAUUUAAAGUGUUAUUGUAUGCAAACGUGUAUAGGUUUUUUUUUUAAUAUUUUAAGAAAAUUUAGAGCAAUGUAUGGAAGAGAGUUAUUCUUUACAUAUACAUGCAAAUUGAU